ACAACAACCUUAUCAUAAAUAAAAGAUGCAAUUGGAAAGUUUUCAAGCAAGCAGGGUCUGAAAUGUGCUCUAUUAUAUACACACUCACACUCAAGCACACACACGCACACAUAUCCUUGAGAAUGAGAUGGUCUCUACAAUGUAAUAUUUUGCUCUUCUAGAUUCAUUGGGAAGAUGGAAAGGGGAAACCUAACAGUUAUCAGUGAAUUUGUCCUUCUGGGACUUUCCAGCUCUGCAGAGCAACACCUCCUGUCUGUACUGUUCCUCUGUAUGUACUUAGUCACCGUGUCAGGGAACAUGCUCAUCAUCUUGGCUAUUGGCUCUGACUCUUGCCUCCACUCCCCUGUGUAUUUCUUUCUUAGCAACUUGGCCUUUGUUGACAUUUGUUUUACUUCCAAUAUAGGCCCCCAAAUGGUAGUGAACAGUUUGGCUGGUAAAAAAACUAUCUCUUUCUCAGCCUGCCUCACUCAGCUUUUCUUCUUCAUUUCUUUUGUGAAUACGGGCAGCCUCCUUCUCUGUGUGAUGGCCUGUGAUAGGUAUGUGGCAAUACGCCACCCUUUACAUUAUACCACCCUAAUGACUCUUCGCCUCUGUGUCCAGCUGGUGGCCGGACUCUGGGUAGUUACCUAUCUUCAUGCCCUCCUACACACUGUCCUAAUAGCACGUCUGUCCCUCUGUGCCUCCAACGUCAUCCAUCAUUUCUUCUGUGAUCUCGACCCACUACUACAGCUCUCUUGCUCCGACGUUUCCUUCAAUGUGAUGGUCAUUUUUACAGUGGGAAUUCUAUUGGCUCUCACGCCCCUUAUCUGCAUCCUCAUAUCUUAUGGAUUUAUCUUCUCCACCAUCCUGAAGAUAACUUGUACUCAAGGGAAGCAGAGAGCCUUUUCCACCUGUAUCUGCCACCUGUCAGUGGUGGUGCUGUUCUAUGUCACAGCCAGUGCUGUUUACUUCAGCCCCUCCUCCUCUCAUACCCCUGAGAGGGACACUCUGUCAGCCAUCAUGUAUACCGUGGUGACUCCGAUGCUGAAUCCUUUCAUCUACAGUCUAAGGAAUAAGGAUAUGAAGAGAGCACUUCAGAAAACAUUUCAUAAGGGCAGAGUCUUUUAUAAAAAAUCACAAACUCCCAGGCUGAAUUAAACCAAUGAGUUUGGUGAUAAAAUAAAAUGUAUUUCUAGGGGAAAUGAGAGCAGCCAACUGUUAUUAAAUGCAUUUUUAAUGACGGAAUGUGUGCUAUUCAUUUCAUCUGGACAUAACAUUUAAACACUUGAUUAAAGGUAUGAGAUUUUGAGAUCUGUUUCUCAGAUAAUGAAAGUGACUAGGGGAAGUCACAUGGUGUGCAUGCAGCUCACAGAUUGUAAGCGUCUUAGUCAUUUAGUGCUGCUGUAACAGAAAUACCACAAGAGGAUGGCUUUAACAAAUGGUUGUUCAUUCUCUUACAGUCUGGAAGGCUUGAAGUCCGAAUUCAGGGCAUCAGCUCCAGUGGAAGGAUUUCUCUGUCAGCUCUAAAGGAAGGUCCCUGUCAUCAAUCUUGCCCUGGUCAAGGAGCUUCUCGGGCACAGGGACCCCAGGUCCAAAGGAUGUGAUCUGCUCCAGGUGCAUCUUUCAGAGGUCCCCAACUCUCUGCUUGCUUCCCUUUCCUUUCAUCUCUUGUAAGAUAAAAGUUGGUGCAGAUCACACCCCAGGGAAACUCCCUUUACAUUGGCUCAGAGAUGUGACCUUAGUAAAGUGUUAUAAUCCCACCCUAAUCCUCUUUAACAUAAUCUAUUCUUGCCUUAUUAAGCACAGACAGAGAUUAGGAUUUACAACACAGGAAAAUUACAAUCACAAAAUGGAGGACAACCACACAAUACUGGGAAUCAUGGGCUAACCAAUUUGACAUAUAUUCGGGGGGUCAUAACGCAAUCCAUGACAGUAAGUAAAGGAAGAGUCUCUGACUUCAAUACAUAUAUGCCCUAGUGAUGAGAUGUAAGUCUCUAUGAUGACUUUUCUAGAUAUUAAGAUAACUUGUGAUGAAAUUAAUAUUUAUGAGUUCAGAUUUUUAGUUAAAUAGACACAGACUCCACAACUAGAUAUUCAACUUAGCAGAGUAGUGAGGCCAUCUCAUUUUAAAUACUAUAUUCUCUUAAAAAUUUUUCAAAGAAUUUAUUUGUUUUAGAGAAUAUGUGUUUUCCUCCAACUGCCUCUCCCUACAAACACAGCCCAUGAUGUUAUUCUUUUGACCCAUGUCCUUGUAAUACUUCAUUGGUCACAGAAUCUCUUUCCCAGCUGUAGCCA